UCAGGCGGCUAUGACAAAGAAGAAAAAGCUGCUAGGUCUUAUGAUUUAGCGGCACUCAAGUAUUGGGGAACUUCUACCACUACCAAUUUUCCAAUCAGUAACUAUGAAAAGGAAGUAGAGGAGAUGAAACACAUGACCAGACAAGAGUUUGUUGCCUCCAUUAGAAGGAAGAGUAGUGGAUUCUCUAGGGGAGCAUCCAUGUAUCGAGGAGUUACAAGGCAUCACCAACAUGGAAGAUGGCAAGCAAGGAUUGGCAGAGUUGCAGGAAACAAGGAUCUUUAUUUAGGAACUUUUAGUACUGAGGAGGAGGCUGCAGAAGCAUAUGACAUAGCAGCAAUAAAGUUCAGAGGAUUAAACGCAGUAACGAACUUCGACAUGAGUCGAUAUGAUGUGAAGAGCAUUCUCGAAAGCAAUACAUUACCAAUCGGUGGAGGAGCAGCGAAACGUCUUAAAGAAGCGCAAGCAAUUGAAUCAUCAAGAAAACGAGAGGAAUUGAUAGCUCUCACUUCAUCUAAUUUCCAAUACGGAAACCCUAGCUCUAGCAGACAGCUACAACCAGCUUCUGCUUACUCUCUAAUGCCACCUUUUGAUCAACAACCUCAGCCAUUGUUAACCUUACAUGACCAAAACAUUGCUCAAUACACCCAAGAUUCAACUUUUCAUCAAAAUUAUCUUCAAACACAGCUUCAAUUGCACCACCAAUCUGGGUCUAGUAACAAUUUCUUGCAACAGACGACUCACCAUGACCCUCAGAUUUACAACAGUUACUUACAAAAUAAUCCAGGUUUGCUGCAUGGGUUUUUCAACAUGGGUUCUUCAUCAUCUAUUAUGGAAAAUAAUGGGAAUUCUAGUGGGAGUUACAGCAAUGGUUAUCUUGGAAAUGGGAUGAAUGCAACCGGGUCAAAUACUGUUGGACCAGCUGAUCAAGAACUUGCUCUUGUUAAGGUUGAUUAUGAUAUGCCUUCUACUGGAUAUAACUGGUCCGGCGACUCGGUUCCGGGAUCCAAUCCCGGAGUAUUUACAAUGUGGAAUGACUUAUAAAUUAUGAACAUGCGAGGAUGUUGGUAAGGUUGAAGAAGGGCUUCGUUUUUUUAUUUUUAUUUGUAAUUUUGGUAUAAUUUGGCUGAUUAAAUUGUUUCCCUGAGAGACAAGUUAGGGUUUUAUUUUAACUGGAUUUGAUGAGAACUGACUCUGACUGACCUAAUUAAUAUGCGAUUUUUUGGGUCUAUUCUAUAUAUAUGCUAUGUCAGUUGUAUGGGUGCAAGUUGGACCCAAAUUUUGUAUCCUAAAUAUAUCUAUCUUAUUUUUAUGCUGUUAUUUUUCAUCUUUUGAUGAUAA